AUGCAGCGGAGAAGUCGUAAUGUAUCAUCAGCUUCCGACACUAAAUCCAUUAGUAAGUUACCAUCAGCUAGUAAGUUACCAUCAAGCACAACAAGUCCAUCCUCAAUGACUAGUAAUAAUUCAUCUUCUCGUGUAAGCAUUUAUAGAAUGCGUGAGCGAGUAAUAUUAAACAAAAUGACUCGUAUCAUGGCAAAAUUAGGAGCAAAUAAUGAUACAGAAAUAUCCAACAAAUUUCAUUCAGAAGUACCAGCUAUAUCAAUCGAUGGACAUUUGACCUAUCAUUUUUUUAUGACGAUAAAUAAUUUGAUUCAUUUGAAUUGUGUUCAUCUAUUAUUCUACUAUAGUGUAUUUUGGAUUUCGGCAUCUAACUACGGUUUUUUACAUGAUGAAGAUGAAUUUGAUGUUGAUGAUAUGAAUCAGUAUGAAUUUUACGAACGUUCACAAACAAGAACAUCCAUCAGAUUGGAUAUGAUCAAUCCUUAUUUGUACUUUACACUAUUUUUUAUUUCUACUAUUGAUUUAUUAUCAACGUUUCUACUAACAAUUCGUAAAAAACUUUUUUGCUUUUUUGACGAUGAGCAUCAUUUUCAGUUGAGAAAACGAAUAUCACUUUUGAUUCUUAUUGUCAAUAUUUCACUGUAUAUUUCUUUGUUUAUAUGGAUAUUCUAUCUCACUUUUGUUAGUCACAAUUUGUCAAAUACACUGUUUUUUAUUAUUUGUAUUCAUUUUAUAUUUCUUAAUUUUCUUGAAAAACCACAACUGAUUUGUUUUGACGAUUUUAAAACAUUAUUUUCACGAAAACAAUCAACAAUUGUUGAAAAAAGUCGAAGUUUAUCAUCAUCCACAUCAUCUUCUUCAACUACCCGUUCCAAGCGUCUAAAACCAACAGCUACUAUAACUCGUCAAACCCCGACUUUAACACGAUGGACAUGUUUAACAGAAGAACGUCUAGUUGGUCACGAUUGUUCAUCGAUAUAUCAAACAAUAAGACAUGAAGCCGAUCACUUUUAUACAAUUUUAAUUCAACGAUUAACAAUAAAAAUUUAUCGUUCGUUAUCAACAUUAUUUUUGUACGAUUUAGUACCAUUUAUAUAUAAAUCCCAACGUUUAAGAAACGUUGAUUUAAAGUCAUACAUUCUAUUAAUAGUCAUACUGUUUCUUAUUACAAUAACCAUUCAUUUUACAUUUUUAUUUCCGGUUAAACUUCAAACUACGUUACAUCGAAUAGCAUCACAUCUCGGUCAAUGGAGAAAACAAAAUCAGACAACAAAAAAUAGCCUUGGUAAUUGGUUAGAAGAAUGUAAUUCAUAUCAACGUGGUACGAUUAUAUCUCAUAAAAAUAAUUUUUACAUGGCUAUGGAUAUGAAUAAUGCUGCUCAACCCGAUUUAUUAUCGCAUAAAAUUAUAGUCAAAUUAUUUGGUGAUCCGUUGAGAUUUAUGAAUAUUUCUCUAUUUCUAGCCUGUAGUACGGUUAUCUUUGAAUAUUACUGGUGCAUAAGAGGAAAUCAUUGGGAGCAAAUAAUGAUCGGUGUAUUAUUGGUAUUAUCAUGCUGUUAUCCGAUCUUUAAAAUAUUUAGAGAUAGAUUAAUACUGGAAUUUGUCUAUGGGGAUGGCGAAUUGCUUAAAAGUAUAACCAGCAUGUCGACACCAGAUAAAUAG